CAGAGCUCCCCCUACUGGCUCAUCGUGUUACUGCAGGGCAGAAGGAGGUCCCAAAGCGCAGAACUCCGUUAAGCUACUUCUGCUGCAGUCAACUUUUUUCUGGAGUAGAAGUAAACAUCUUACAGAUUCUCAGCCCAAACCUUUUGGUUUUUCCUCUUUUAAAAUAGGAGAACAGGAACUGGGAUGUCUUUUGUGGAGCUCCCAGGCGCUCUGGGAGUCGUGUAUGCGCCGUUCCCUCUGCCGGCAGCAGCAGAGCGCAGUCGGAAUAAAGAGCGCCUGGAGGCCAGCCUGUCUGGUCUGUAUGAGCUGGAGCUUCUCAAACAGAGGCAGGAGAGUCUGGUCCUCGGAGCUCUGCUCCUUGGGGACUCCCCUCUGUCAGGACGACCAGACGCACCAAAUGGCAUCGCGGGGGGCCAUGCACGCCAAAUAAGCCGUUUUCAGCUCAGUCAUGUGGACUCCAGGUCAUCUUUAGAGGAGCACGUAGCAGAACUGAAGAUCAAAACUGAGGUCAAGUCGGUCAAUUCGGAUGAAGAGGAGGACAGGCCACUCACUUCAGGUGAACCAGACACAUGUCCUGAACCAGAUCACCACCUCGUCAUCCCGUGUUCUCUCCCAAACCCGCAGAAAAGCCGGAUGACAAAGAGGGAAAAAAUACUUCUUUCAGAGCCAGCAAGACAACCCAUUGUUUCUGAGGAUACGAUACAAGAAGCCAGUCACCAGAGUUAUGAGCAACCCCCAAAAACAGAGACCCUUGGGCUUAUCCAGAGCCAGGCUCUUCCCUUGAGGUCCUCUAAGCCCCGCACCAGCCUGACAAAUGAAGCUAGAGUUGUCAGUGUGUUAACACAAGUUAGCUCGUCCUGCAAAGAUGAGCAGCUGUCAUCAAGAAAAGUUUCCCUGAAAGAGACAUCUCAGUGCUCAGAGAGAGUGUUUCUGCAGGGUCAAGGUCAGGCCCACCAUCAAAGGAUGGGAUGUUCCGAAGAUGCAACCGAUCACCAGCUAAAUGUCCUGCAUCAGCUGGGGUUUUGUCAUAAGCCUAGACAAGCUUCGAUUAUAAACACCUUGAAAUCUGUCUCACUGGACCAUCCACACAGCAGAGUAGCACACACACACCAGCACUCAAGCAAGACAGAUUCACCCCAGCAUUUCAAGGACUAUCCAUCCCCUUCAGCUCUGACGGGAGUUCAUGAGAGAUCUUCUCUGGAGGAACAGCUGGUCAGUGCAGAAUAUGUUCCAGCUCAUCCCUGUCAGAAUUCCUCCCGAGCACACCAUGUCCCGAGCCUUCACAAGGAUACAGAGGGGUCCAAAACCAACCAAAGUGCCCAUUCCUUAGACCCAUGUUUCCAUCAGGAACAGCAGUCUGUCCCGUCACACAUCCAACACUCCAAGUCCAAUGUGAGCCCAAAGAAAUGCCGAUCAAUUGAAGACAGAAGUACUUUUACCAAGAAAGUAGUCAAGAAAGCAUACAGAUCUCAGGUACAGUGCAACCUUCCAAGAGUCUCUGAUCGCAAGUGCAGCUCCGUGGAGAAAGACGGUGGACGAAGUGGAAGCUUUGGAAAGGGAAGCCGCAGCUCUCAAUCCAGGAUCAAGAGACAGCAGCAGAGCGACAACGGCCACAACCGCUGCCAGUCUAUCCAGGAGCUCAGCCAAGACGGGGUUGAUCACGCCACCAUGCCACCACCCACGCAAAAGUCUGUACCGUCAAACCAUUUUGCAAGGCGCGUACGAAAACCCCGCCCUACUCAUUCUUCUGUUACGCACUACCAGUACUCCUACCAUCAUCAGGCUGUGGAGAGUCGGUUUGAGAAGGACAAAAGGUUGUGUCAGGACGAUUUUCAAGCAGGUCAGGGCGAGUCUGAGUCCACAGCCAGUGAGCCAGACCCAACAGAUUCCAGCUCCUUAUCAAGUGACUCAGAUGAGAGUGGGGGCUUGGUUUGGCAGUUUUCCCCCCAACUCUCCCCCCCGCUGCCUCCUGCUUCCUCCCUUGGAGCACCUCUGCAACCCAAAGCAUUUGUCAAAAUAAAAGCCUCCCACGCUCUGAAGAAGAAGAUCUUGCGCUUCCGCACUGGUUCACUCAAAGUAAUGACCACUGUAUGAAGAUCACAUCUACUAUAGCUUAUUAGUUGGUUGUUUGGGGUUAGUCUUAGCGAAUAGGGCAUCAAAGGACCAAUGUAUCAAUGUUUGUGUUUCAAAAAACAGUUACACUCUCCAAUUCCUAAUAAUGUUGAAGUUGGAUUAAUUUUUCAUACACAACUUUCCAAUUAUUGCAUCAUAUGUAUCAGCAAAAACUCUUUUAAGUCCAAAAUAUUUCAAUGUUAUCGUGUGGUUUACUUAUUCAAAUUAAGAUUUUUUUUAAGUUUUUCAAUUAAAAAAAACUAAUUACGUUAACCUUCCUCACCUUUUGAGAGAAGAUGACAUAUAUUUGUGCAUGUUACUCAAUCUGAAAAGGAUUGUUUUCUCUUAACUAGGAGGUGACAGAGAUGGAAGUAAAACUUCUUCACCUUUAAUUAACCGAUUUCAGUUUGUUUAGAUAGUCCUGAUUCAAAUUCAAAUCAGUUUAAAUAAGAGUAAUGUGUUUUAGUCUAAAUAUAUCCUAUAGGGCUACAUUUUUAGAAGUGCAUUUCACUAAUGGCAACAAACAAAAUGUCCAUGUUUACAUGAAAGGAUUUCUGCUGUAAUUCCCUGUGUUGAUUAUGAUUAUGAGAAGCAGUGGGAUUAGUGCUAUAAUGGUCUGAAGAUUGGUCUUAACGGAAUGAUCCUAUUUUCCAAAAUAAAAAGGAAGUUAGCUCGUGCUCUAUCUUUUAUCCAUGGCCAUAGUUCCUAGAGAACUUAAAAGACCCACUCCAAUCAUUUUUCGAUCCACUGUAAAAGUGUUCCCAUUGGUCUUUUAGUUACGAUUGUGUCGUUUUUAGCCUAAAGAAAAUAAAAAAAAAAUCUGUGAUGCUUCCUAGGAUGCAGUCUCUGCAGAGCGGCAAUAGUUCAACAUAAAUUUCUUUCAGAGUUGUGGUCAGGACCUGUUGGUGCAGAGAAACUCCACCCCCCCUUCCCCUCUCCAUUGCUGAGAGCUCUCUGUUUGAGCAGGGAACCCGCCUGUGGUCCACCCAGUGUAUUUUUUACGUCCCAAAUACAAUCUUUUUCAAACAACAUUUUUUUGGUCUACUUCUAAUUUACAACAAUUACAAAGAAAUACUCAGAAAUAUAAUUUGCUUGAAUUGUUCACGUGAAUUGUUUUGUGUUUAUUAUGCUCUUUGAGCUGAAUUUUCUUUACAUAUGUCCUCCAUCAUCAGACAAAUGCCCCAAAAACAUGUUAAAAACCCCAUUUUCAUGAAGAUUAAACUACAAAUAAAGAGACGUUUACAACCAUAAUGUUAGUGAGAGUAUACAAGCACAUAAUAUUUAUAAAGUGUAACUUUUUUUUAACCUAAGCCUCGUACUUCCUGUUUUUAAAGCCAUUUCUAUUGUUUCUUCAGUGAUUAUUUGAAAAGACUAUCUUUUUGAAAAAAAAAAA